AUGCCGGACGCCAUGUUUAUUUUCGACCAGUGCUGUUUUUGUGUAGAGUUGAGGGCUGGCUGUUUCGUCAUCGCCUACGUUCAAUUGUUCGUCGAAGCUCUGACUUUCGCGCUGUUCCUGUAUGGAAUAGUGGAGGGUGCAGUGCUGAUGACAUCCAGCGUGGAGUCCGUCAACGAACUAGCGUUCAUUCUGCUGAUGUUCAGCGUGCUGUUCCUCGCCUUCUUGGGCCUGAUAUUCGUUUUCACAAUUGUCUUGAUAAUCGGCUUGCAUAAGAGAAACAGUGGUCAGAUAAGAGCGUAUUUAAUUUGUGCCAUGAUCUUUCUUCCGGUAUACGUCACUACAGCCUUCGUGUCUUUCCCAAUGGUAACCUUCGCGGCCCUGGACAUGAUCUACAAAGUGAUCAGCUUGGUUAUGUAUGUAUACUCCAUCGUCGUUAUCAGAAGCUACUGGAUUCAGAUCGGCAAGAACAGGAGCGAUGGGUACAGAUAUACGAUUGGCACUUCU